GAUGGCGCCGACCACGAGAUCGUCGAAACCUAAAAAAUCUCCAGGUUCAAACAAGAAAAAGAAACGAACGCCAAAAAAGAGUGAGUCAGUACAAGAAGCCAUUGAUUACCCCGAUGAUAAAUCUGAUAUUGUAAGUGAUGACAGUCUAUACGAUGAUCUGGAAUUGGAAGAAUUGGCACAGCAGGCCGCCGAGUUGAUGGCUGGCCAUGUCCAUGCGGCGGAGGACGAGUUGUCCACGGGCAGCACGCCGGGUUCAAGCGGCACAGACCCGGAGGCCGAGAAUGAUUUGGAAGCAGUUUUACCCUUUGUGGUAGACGUUGACUCCAAUGUGAAUAGUAAAAUCAAAAUCUCAACCAACCAUGACAUGGAGAAAAUUUCAAGAAAUUUCAACAAAAUCACUGAAGAUGAAAAUGUGGAGGAAGACAAUGAUGAUUUUAUGUCAUUGACUGUUUCAAUGAAACAAACCACUCCUCAGCAACAGAAGGAAGAAAAAGAAGAAGGGGAGGUAUUUAUAUCGCUCGAGUCUGGACAAGAUGAAGACAAGAACAUGCAAAAAAGUCAAACAACAAAGUCAAAACGAUCUGUGAAAAAGGACAGAAAUACAAAGGAGAUUGAAUUGCCCACUGAGUUGGAUCCAGGGAUUGACGUCGGCGAAACAUACUUUGACUUUAUUGGCCAGUCCGGCAUUGACAAGAACAACAAGGCAGCCAAGGAAGUGCUGACAGCUAGUAGCCGAGAUAAGCUCCUGAAGAACAGCAUACUCAGUCCCGACUUUGAGAAGCAUCACAGUGUGCCUUCACACAAAGAGUCUAUAAGACAAAUGCAGAGACGAAAAAAGAAAGAGCGUGAGUCUAAGACGGGUGAUGGAUGGUACAACAUGGCCGCUGCUGAGAUGACCGAUAAACUCCGUAACGACAUCAGAGCAAUCCGUAUGCGCUCAUCGCUCGAUCCAAAGAGAUUCUACAAACACAACGACAUGAAAGCACUCCCUAAGUUUGUACAGGUUGGAACAGUUGUAGAAAGUGCGGCUGAUUUCUAUCAUUCCAGAGUGCCCAAGAAGCAGAGGAAGCAGACCAUUGUGGAUGAGCUCCUCGCUGAUGCCGAGACAAGACGAUACAACAAGAGGAAGUAUAUGGAGCUCCAGGAGAAACGGUCGCGUUGGCACAAGGGGAAGAAAGGGACUGGGAAGAAGAGAAAAAAGACCAAGAAAUGAGGAGUUUCUCCCCCAAGUCCUCCUCAUAGAGGCAGACCCCAACCAUAGUAUAAGCCAGAGGGGUGUGUGGGUGUCUUUGGGUCACCCUGUUAUAAAUUUGGACACCAUGUUUUAUCUUUCAUUUACAUGUAAAUAUAAUGUAAGUGAACAACUGGGAUGGCCAGUGUUUAACUUCCCAAACAAUUUUGACCACCCUUUUACAAAAUCCUUGCUUAAACACUGACCCAGACACAUACAUGUGCAAACACUUCAAAUUGUUCGACACUAAACAUGGCCCACACUCAACACUAGUCCUGCGGACAUUGUUCUAGUAGAAACUGCUACGGGCUAGAACACACUACUUCUCAACAUGCCCUGUAGGCUACUAAAUACUUAUUAUAAAACUUAUUAUGAAUUUCUGUUUGGAUCACAGCUUGUGAAAUUAUUUUUGAAAUUAUUUGCAGAAGUAUGUUUCAGUGAGCAUGCUAAGGAGAGCACAUCUGUGAUACUGUAAGCACUUUUUUGAAAUUAAUUUGUGCAGGAAUAAAAUUAUUGCAAUUGAACAA